CUCUAAUGAAAAUUAGUCUAGAGUGAGGUGCUGCUACUUCACCCCAUUAUACUCAUCCCAUUUUCCAAAAGGAGCAGAGAGGAGAGAGAUUAGCCAGCUGUGUCCUGGCAUACAAGAAACCAGAUACUGUAGAAGCAGAAAAAUCUCUGCUUUGGGAAAUUUGCAAUGCACUGGAAGAUGCUGUUCCUGUUUUUGCUGUAUUAUAAUGCUCAUGGCACUGUGCCCCCCAGGUGGAAUCGAGCUACGUUUUUCCCAUCUGCUCACCGUGUGAAGAGGUCCUCAGCAGUUCUUCUCAACCCAGUGCUUCAGAAAUCUCAGGAAGAUGUGGAUCUUCUAUUUGAGUUUCUUCUAGGUGAGCUGAAAAUUGAUGAUGACCUAAAAAUCACAAUCAAAGAUGAGGAACUCGCUUCAACCAGGAAGGCGAUAACGUUUGACACCGUGUGUAAUGAUGUUAUCCCCAAAAGUAUUACAGAAAUACGCAGAUUAAGCUCCAGGCUGUCAGGUUUCCCUGGCAUGUUAAAGAAAGAAGAUUUUGAAAGGACGGUAUUGACGAUGGUCUACACAGCAUACAGGACAGCUCAGUCCCAAGGACAUCAGAAAGACACCUGGGCAGAAACCUUUGUAAACCUUUACAAACUUGUGAUGCAUGACUUGAAGUUGCUAUACAGCCAGGCUCCAACUUCUCAGAGAACAUGAUGCACCAGAAACAAUAUCAACAAUAUAUCUGCUGCUUCAUUUUGAUAAGUAAUAAAAGAAACAAACUGCA